AUGGAUCAUCCAGAUUACUUGCAUUCCUUAACCUCACAUUCCGCUCCUGACCCGGCGGAGAAUGGCACAUGGUUUAAUGCUGAUGACACGGUUGAUCCCACUUUAUUCGGCAUCAACCUUCAACAUGACUCAACGCUGGAUACAAACCAGCUGAAUAACAUGUAUGGUCUGUCAUCGGAAUCUUGGUUCGACGGCAACGGUCCAGAGGCGUCGGAACUGUUUCCAUCCGCUGCGACGCAGGACCCUGGGGUAUUGCAAGCUGCUGGUUCAACGACCGAGGAAAUACGGUCGGAAAUGCAAACUCAGACGCCUGCAACUGCGAUUGUCUCGCAAAGCAUGUUGAACGUCACCCAGUGGCUAGAUGGUGCCCAUCGCCCUCCACAGCCCUGCAGCUACUGCCGGAAACACCGGCUCCAGUGCCUCAUCCUCCGUACCACCCCAGCGAACCCAAAUCCAAUAACCGCUUGUUCCAGUUGUGUUGCCCUAUUUCGGGAAUGCAGCCUGGCCCGUGGAGAAAAGCGCCAACCAUCUCGGUUCGAGACGCUUUCUCCCGUCAUGGGCCACCUGCAUGGUGUCACCGAACUCGAGGAAGACGAGGGAGACCAAGCAGAAGCGUCGGCACCAGACGUCAACUGUGUAGACAGGCAGAAGGAGUCCAAGCAGUUCGUCAGAAGAGGCGUCCGGAUAUUGAAGGAGUGGUUUCGCGACCACCGCGAUUUCCCGUAUCCCUCCGAAGAUGAGAAAGCGCGCUUGGUUCGUGAGACUGGAUUUUCACGAAAGCGCAUGUCAACAUGGUUUGCCAAUGCACGCCGCCGCCAGAAGGAGAGAUUUGACACUCCCCCAGCGGCUCAAAUCUGUCGAUCUGGAUCUCCGAUGCCAGCAAGCCGCCUGACCCUCAUGACGCCGAUGGAGAGAUGGCAGAAUUCACCCCCGGAGGAGGAAGCAGUUCCGGAGUCAGCCAUCUUGAAUGCCAUAUCCUCUUGGGAGGUAGCACCGCGUUCAGAAAACGAAGACGCCAUGUUUGAUUCGUUCCUGAAUCUCGACGAGACAUCGUCGCAUCUCGGUUCUUCUCUCUCUAGCAUGGGAAGUAGGCGAUCAGAGAGCUCGACAAGCGUCUCCUCCGCAUGGAGCCACCACUCCGGCGACAGCUCACUACCGUUCCCGCUUCAUCACCCCCGUCCGCGGGUCCGGAGAAGAACUCGGCCUAGAGGCCCAAUGAACGAAGGGCAAUACCAAUGUACGUUCUGCACACAGUCUUUCAAGAAGAAGCACGAUUGGCUCCGACAUGAGAAGAGUGUUCACCUCCAACUCGACGCCUGGAUCUGCACUCCAGAUCUCAACGACCUCCAGCCCGGCAACUUACCAUCGGGGUGUCGAUUCUGCGAUCAUAGCGCGUCGUCGAUAGAUCACUGGAAUGACCACGAGUUCGAGGUAUGCGCGCAGAAGCCCAUUGCAGAUCGUUCUUUCAGUCGGAAGGACUAUCUUUGGCAGCACUUGCGCAAGUUUCAUGGAUGUACCAAACUGCCCAUUGAGAAUCUGGAUCAGUGGCAUAGUGCCAGGAGCGACGUCCGCAGUCGCUGUGGAUUCUGCGACGCGUCAUUGCCCACCUGGGCAGCACGAGGGGAUCAUCUCGCCGACCAUUUCAAGCAAGGUUGCCGCAUGCAUCAGUGGGUUGGUGAUUGGGGCUUGGAUCCGGAUAUGUUGGGUGCCUUGCAGAAUGCUGUUUUGCCGUCUGAACGGACCAUGGAAGCUACAACAGAUUUGCCUCUGUCUGCUGGCUAA